UAAUGUCGGGGCCGCUACGCUUGUCCCAUUUGACACUCCGUAGUUUGUGCAGUUUCCCGGAUGUAGAGUGGAGGGUAGUUUGAAAGAAGAAAGGCUGGAAGUUUUGCGGGAAUUUGCAGACGCAGUUGAUUACGGUGGUGCAGAAACUGUAGCAAUGUACUAACAGCCUGCCUAUAAUCCCCCCUGUGCUGGUAAGUUUGAAACCGGGGGUUCAAGUGCGGCGAUGAAGCGGUCUGCGCGCGUGCACGAGCUGCUGGGCAGCCUGCCCUCUGGCGCGCGCCCUCUGGAAGGAAAGUCAGUGUAUAUGCACGCGGUGAAGAGGCGUCAUUCCGCAGUCCUGACGGACCUCAUCACGCAACUCGGAGGGAGUGUUGAAGCGUUCUUGAACAGAGAUGUCUGGUGUUUGGUGACGGGGCGUAGAGAGGGACAGAAGGACCCGCCCCCUCUGUCAUCGAUGGGCGGAGCCAACCCACCCCCUGUGUCAUCGAUGGGUGGAGCCAAGCCAUCAAUGGGCGGAGCCAAGUCCGUGACCAAGGAGGAUGGAAGCCUAACCCCGACACAACGCAGACAUCCAGCCAGCCCCAACCUGGUGGCGCCACUGUGUGGAAGCAGAGGAAGAGCCCUACUGGAGAAAGCCAUGCACAACAACGAGCGAUGCCACAGCAAUGAUGUUCUGUCCAGCGCGCGGUCCUGGGGGGUGAGGAUCCUUCACGUUGAUGGUAUCCUUCCUGUGCAAAGCACCCUGGGACGUUCUGAGUAGGGAGACUGAGGGGCCAUUGAGGAGAGAAACUGA